UCCUAUUCUGCCUGGCCACAGACACAUGCCUUUUGUAUGGAAGGAAUCAGGGAAACAACCCUGUCUCUCUGUGUGGAAAAAAAUACUAAGAGAGUGAGCAAGUGAGAGGGAUCAAGAAAAGAGUAGAGAGAGUGGUCUUCCAGGUGCUCUGCCACUAGUUAAAAGUCCUGUACGAGGAAUCUUUCCCAGCCCAGAGCAAGAGCGCUCAUAGCCUAGCCAAGCUGCGUACUCUGCCUCACACAUUUAUUUCUACUGCACUUUCCUGUUCUCUCUCUCUCUCUCACUCUCACUCUCUCUCUCUCUUUCUCUCCUACUUUCCACUCGUGCGUGAGAGCGCUCAGUCAUUCAGAAGGUGCUCUGAAAUCUACUUGUAGUCAAUCCGGAGACAGCAUUGCAAGGACAUUUUUUUUCUCACUGCAGUAGCACAUGGACUAUAUUUUCUUCAGAGACAAAAAUAACAAAAAAAAAACAGUCCGUUGCCUACCAUAAAGAACUUUUUUUUUUAUUUUUGAUAUGCAUAUGUAAACAAUAUUUCACAGCAUCCAUGUUGUGAGGUUUGCAGUUAUUUGCAUCUAUUUGUUUCUCAUCACAUCUGCUGGAGACAGGAUUGUCUGCAGGGCAUGAGCAGAUUAGAAGUUACCUGCAGAAAUUACCUGCCUGAAAACCUGAGAGCUCCCUGAAAUUCUUCCCUGAGCAGAAAAGUAAGAUUGGAGGCACAGAGCCCAAGAGGCAAUAGACCAUGCUGCUGGUAUCCAUAUGUGUGGCGCUGAUGCUAGGGGGCAAAGUUCUGGGAGGGGGCUAUGCCCCCCCUAUGCCCCAGAUGAAGUACAUGCAGCCUAUGAUGAAGGGGCCAGUUGGACCCCCAUUCAGAGAGGGGAAAGGCCAAUAUCUUGAGUUUCCACCUGUUAUGAAGGUAAAAGGUGAGCCAGGCCCUCAAGGAAAGCCAGGACCUAGGGGUCCACCUGGGCCACCAGGAUUACAAGGGAAACCAGGGAUUGGAAAACCAGGUCUUAAUGGUCAGACCGGACCCCAAGGGCCAUCAGGGUUGCCAGGAAUUGGAAAACCUGGCUUACCAGGUCUUCCAGGAAAGAUUGGUCCUAAAGGGCACCCAGGAAACAAUGGUGAGAUGGGACCUCAAGGUGAGCCUGGACUACGGGGAUUGCCAGGGCAACCAGGGUCCCCUGGGCCUGCAGGUCUCUCACUGAAUGGCAAGCCAGGACUUCCUGGACUUCGUGGCCCACCAGGAUCUAGAGGUGAACCAGGGCUAAAAGGUAGCCGUGGCAUACCUGGUGAGAAAGGAUUACAAGGAGAAAAUGGCAAUGGUAAGCCUGGUCCACCCGGCAUCAGGGGACCCACUGGUCUUCAAGGAUUUCCUGGAGCUCCUGGUAAUCCAGGUGUGGGCAAGCCUGGACUUGAUGGGUUACCUGGGCCUUCUGGACAAAAAGGAGACCAAGGAGCUCCAGGAGAUAAAGGUCCUCCAGGGGCAGUUGGGUCUCCAGGUCUUCAAGGGGCACCAGGGGCACCUGGGUUGGGAAAACCAGGGGUAGAUGGUAUAUCUGGUAGACCAGGCCUAACUGGACCAAAGGGUGAACCAGGUCUCAGGGGUGCUCCUGGGUUUCCUGGGGCUCCUGGUUAUGGUAAACCUGGUCCUGUAGGACAUAAAGGAGAUAAAGGUCCCUCUGGAUUACCAGGUUCUCCAGGUGACAAAGGAGAACCUGGGAUAGAAGGUCUACCAGGUGAUAUGGGGCCAAAUGGGCAGCCAGGGCCUCCAGGUAUACAAGGUCCAAUGGGUCUUCCAGGUAAACAUGGCAUACCUGGUUUGAAGGGAGAGAUGGGCCCUCAGGGGCCUCCAGGCUUGCCAGGACUUCGGGGGGAUCAGGGACCCACUGGGUUGGCAGGUAAACCUGGCCUUCCAGGGGAUAAAGGGUUUCCUGGGCAGAGUGGAGCCACUGGAAAACCAGGACCUAAAGGUGAUGCAGGUCACAUUGGUUUGCCUGGUAAUCCUGGCUUGAGUGGGCCACCAGGCACUAAAGGUGAAAACGGUAUACCUGGACCACCAGGGCCACGUGGCACAUCUGGGAUUCCCGGGAUCCCAGGCCCAACAGGCCAUAUGGGACCACAGGGUAUUCCAGGGUUAAAAGGAGAACAGGGUCCACCAGGACCCCCAGGGAAUGGAAAGAAUGGGGAACAGGGGAUACCUGGUCCACAAGGCCCAACAGGAAAACCAGGUCCUCCAGGAAUAAAUGGUGUCCAAGGUCUUCCAGGUCCCCCUGGCCCACCUGGCCCACCUGGCCUUUCUAAUGGCGAUACAAGCGUGGCAGGACUUCAAGGACCUGACAUUGGUGGAGAAUCAAUAGGUCCAGGUGCAGGAAAACCACAGUUUGGUCUUGGUGAGCUUUCUGCCACUUUAGCUCCUGCUUUUACUGCCAUUCUUACCACACCCUUCCCACCAUCUGGUAUGCCAAUAAAAUUCGAUAGGACUCUGUACAACGGACACAAUGCUUACAAUCCUGCCACUGGCAUUUUCACCUCCCCACUGCCUGGAAUCUAUUACUUUGCUUAUCAUGUGCAUGUAAAGGGAACCAGCCUGUGGGUGGCACUGUACAAAAACAAUGUACCUGCCACAUACACCUAUGAUGAAUACAAAAAGGGCUAUAUGGACCAGGCAUCAGGUAGUGCAGUGCUGGAGCUGAAGGAGAAUGACCAGGUUUGGGUGCAGAUGCCGUCUGACCAAGCAAAUGGGCUCUACUCCACUGAGUACAUCCAUUCAUCCUUCUCAGGAUUCCUACUGUGCCCUACAUAACAAUCCCUUACACAUCAAUUAUUUUAACAGUGUUCUGCAGUCACUCAAGUAACACCUGCAACAUUGAUAACAGGAAAGACUGAUCUAUAGAAAAUCUGAGAUAAAAACAGAUGAAAACUUUAUGCUGUGUCUGUUUUAGCUCUUUGAAAUGUCUGAUUCGGUUGUUUCACUUUCUUUUUGUUUGUUUAUUUGUUUGUUUUGGAAUUUUUUUUAUCUUCAGCCUAUAUUAUAAUGUUAUUAUAACUGUUGUAUUAUUGUUGUUGCUGUAAUUGUUGUGAUAUUUUAAUUGAUGUUGUUUAUUAGAAUCAGACAAGGUGUAAGAAACAGUUUUACCCAUGUGACUGCACACAAAUAUUCUGCCUCCCAUUGAACUCCGUCUUUUCGACUCUGGGGCUAUGUGUUCCCCUGGCUGCAGUCACAUUCAGUUCAAACUGUAACUUCGUCUCAUUUCCCUUCAGGCUCUUUAUUUAAGGCCACAUUUUACAUUAAAAGAUACAUGUUUAUUGUCAAA